UCUAGAGCUGAACAACACAUCGUUUCCGGGUCAGUUUGGAUUGGAUGACGUACAUCUGUGAAGUUCCGGUGUUUUCUAGCUGCUGUUUCAACAAACGUAACGUUAACAACAAUCGGACGUGUGUUGCUGCUUGCUCUUAGCGUCACCUGUCAGCCGACCUGCGCUCAGUAGGGGAUCCUCCUCCUACACACACACACACACACACACGGUUGAGUUCACGCCGCCACCAUGGUGUUGGCCGACCUCGGGAGGAAGAUCACCUCGGCGCUGAGGUCUCUCAGCAACGCCACCAUUAUCAAUGAAGAGGUGCUGAAUGCUAUGUUAAAGGAGGUGUGUGCUGCCCUCCUGGAGGCCGACGUCAACAUCAAACUGGUCAAACAGCUGAGGGAGAAUGUCAAGGCUGCCAUAGACCUGGAGGAGAUGGCUUCAGGUCUGAACAAGAGGAGGAUGAUUCAACACGCCGUCUUCAAGGAGCUCGUCAAGUUGGUGGACCCCGGUGUGAAGGCCUGGACUCCCACAAAAGGAAAGAACAACGUCAUCAUGUUUGUUGGUCUGCAGGGCAGUGGGAAAACUACAACCUGCUCCAAGCUGGCCUAUUAUUACCAAAGGAAGGGAUGGAAGACCUGCCUAAUCUGUGCCGACACCUUCAGAGCCGGGGCUUUCGAUCAACUAAAGCAAAACGCCACCAAAGCUCGGAUCCCCUUCUACGGCAGCUACACAGAGAUGGACCCGGUAAUCAUUGCUGCUGAGGGAGUGGAGAAGUUCAAAGGGGAGAACUUUGAGAUCAUCAUUGUGGACACGAGUGGACGCCACAAACAGGAAGACUCUCUGUUUGAGGAGAUGCUGCAGGUCUCCAACGCGGUGCAACCUGAUAACAUUGUGUACGUGAUGGACGCGUCCAUCGGGCAGGCCUGUGAGUCUCAGGCGAAGGCCUUCAAAGACAAAGUGGACGUGGCCUCUGUGAUCGUCACCAAACUGGACGGGCACGCCAAAGGGGGUGGAGCUCUGAGCGCCGUGGCAGCCACCCGGAGUCCCAUCAUCUUCAUUGGGACAGGAGAACACAUUGAUGACUUUGAGCCCUUCAAGACUCAGCCCUUCAUCAGCAAACUGCUCGGAAUGGGAGACAUUGAAGGUUUGAUCGACAGAGUGAACGAGCUCAAACUGGACGAUAACGAGGAGCUGAUCGACAAGCUGAAACAUGGUCAGUUCACCCUCAGGGACAUGUACGAGCAGUUCCAGAACAUCAUGAAGAUGGGGCCUUUCGGGCAGAUCAUGGGGAUGAUUCCUGGUUUCGGGACAGACUUCAUGAGCAAAGGAAACGAGCAGGAAUCAAUGGCCCGACUGAAGAAACUGAUGACCAUCAUGGACAGUAUGAACGACCAAGAGCUGGACAGCAAGGACGGGGCGAAACUCUUCAGUAAGCAGCCAAACCGCAUCCAGAGGGUCGGCCGGGGGGCCGGCGUUGCUACCAGAGAUGUCCAGGAGCUGCUGACCCAGUACACCAAGUUCGCCCAGAUGGUGAAGAAGAUGGGGGGCAUCAAAGGACUCUUCAAAGGAGGAGACAUGUCUAAGAACGUGAACCCGUCUCAGAUGGCUAAACUGAACCAGCAGAUGGCCAAAAUGAUGGACCCCAGAGUCCUGCACCACAUGGGGGGGAUGGCUGGUCUGCAGUCAAUGAUGCGUCAGUUCCAGCAGGGCGCCGCUGGCAACAUGAAAGGCAUGAUGGGAUUUAACAACAUGUGACUGCCGAAAAAAUCAGCUGCCUUAACUCAUACCCAUGUCCACUUAAAGCUCCGCCUCCCAACAGGUACAGGUGAAUGGGGCCGGGCUUAGGGCGAGUGAGAACAGGACCUGUGAAAAGAGACUAAAUAAAAGCAGGAUGUUUGAAGUCUUUUUCAGUUAUCUGCUGCUUUUAGAAAAAUACCAGAAAAACUACAAAUUUUAAAGGAGUAGUUCCUCAUUUUAAACUUGAGACUGCUCCUUUAAAUGAGGAGGAGCUGGUUGUGUUUCAGCCUCAUUAACUUAAUUCUGUAAAAGAUGUUUGUGCAUAAGAUUUAAACCGAGCAGAGGUCCGUUUCUAUUGGACGAGUAUUGCGAUGAUAUUUUUUUUUUUUGCAUAAUAAACAUUUGUAUUUCACCAUUUUAA